CACAGUUGCUUCUGAUAUUUUAUUUAAGCCACUUAAAAGUACAGUUUAUCAACACUAGACUGUACAUAAAAAAAGUAUUAAUCUCUCUCAGAAUAGUACAAAUACUAAAUAAAUACUGCAUGAGCAAUGCUCAGAAUUCAGGGCAAAUGCAAAAUUAACAGUUUCAUGUGAUAAAGCUACAUGAAUUUCCAUAUGCUGGCAAUAAAAGGACCAUAAUUUUUAUUUAUUAUUUUUGAAAGCAUAUUUUAGAUCAGUAGAAUCCUAUUUCCUGUAUUCUAAUACAUCUUAUCUGUCAUUUGUAAUUAUGCAAUUUAAUGAAUUUGGGAUUUAGACAUAACUAAUUAUCUGCCUAAAUCCAAAAAUCACCUAUAUCAUGUGUGCAAAUGAUUUGGGGUGUAGAAAUUAUACAAAUAUAUGUUGGGAAAGAAUCCAGCCAGGUCUCAGUUUUGGAUACAGUAGAAGUCUGAUCCUGCAGUUCACUUAAAUCAGGGGGAACUAACUCAGGCUUUAAAAAGAAACCUAUGAAAUUUAAAUUUUCCCUUAACUAACAGGAAAUGAGUAGGUGUUUUUUAUUAUGUAUCACAGUCACAGUUUUGUCUUCGGCACAGUCUUCUGCACUGCCCAGAGGUGAUUGUUUUCAUGGCACCUUGAUUUUUGAACUUUCAGCAUGGACACAUACCAGGUUUUCACAUCUUCCCUCCCCACCUCCCCGACCAGAUGAGCGAGAAGCUUUGCAAUAGCGCCCUCAGCUUUUUUCACGGAAUCACAGAAUACUUUCAGUUGGAAGGGACUUUAAAGACCAUCUAGUUUUCAGGUGUUACCCUUACAUGUAAUGAAUACUCUGGUUAAUGUACUUUGUGUUUGCCAGAACAUGUUUUCUCAUAACCUCAUCCAAUCGCUGGUGUUUUGCUAAGUCUUCAGCAAGGUGAGCUUAACAACUUCAUUGCUAACUUGUACCUCUUGUAUACACUGUUUUGCUGGCAAGCUGAAAUGGCUAGUGAGAGCCACAAACAUUGUGGGUGGUGUGGAAGCCAGGGGCUGCACCUGGACACGUGUACAUAUCCCAGUCCCCGGGUGCAGACACGAUUAUGCCGAGUGCUCUGGUCCUUAUGGGUUCGGUGGAGUCUUGGUGCAGAGCCAGGGCUGCCCCUCUGCCACACACCCCAGUGCAGGCCCCUUGUCUCUGCUCUAAGUUUCUUCUACUCCCAGGAAUAAAAAAGAUUGAUUAAUGAACUUGUUGAUUAUUUGCUCUGCGAAGCACACAGCUAAUUUAACACAGCCGUAUAUUAACAGAAUCAGUUAGGUUGGAAAAAAUCCCGAGAUUAUCGAGUCCUACCUGUGACUGAACACCAACGUGUCAACUACACCACGGCACUGAGGGCCGCACCCAAUUUUUACUUAAACACUUCUAGGGACGGUGACUCCAGAACCUCCCGGGAAAGUCCAUUCCAAUGUCUAAAUAUCUUUUCUGUGAAGAAAUUGCUCUACCUAGUGUCCAACCUAAAUCUCCCCGGCGCAGUUUAAGACUAUGUCCUCUCGUCCUGUUGCUGGUUGCCUGGGAGAAGAGGCUGACCCCACCUGGCCGACACCUUUCAGGGAACUGUACAGAGUGAUAACGUCACUCUUCAAGAUCGGAAGCCUCUUCUCCUUACAGAACUCCGAGGCUCUCAGUUACGUUCCCUAGCAGUGCCCCCAAGUGACGGGCCGGGGCCGGAGGCCGCGCUCCCCACGGCCGUGUGACGGCUCGGGGCGCGCCUCAGGCUCCGGGCACAGCGCCCAGCUGAGCGCCGCCAGCCCGCCUUCCUCACGGCACAGGGGAAAACGGAGCAUUAACAACAAAAAACCACGAUGCUUAAGUUCCGGCAGGGCCCGCCCGCUCUGCCGGGACCGCCCGACGACUAACGGCGUCCUGCCCCAACCUCCGCCCCGGGGAGCGGCCGCGCCGCGCUGUCACACGCACACGGGGCAGGCCGGAGAUCCCGGGUGGGCAGGGCGAGGGCUCCCAGCUGCGGGCGGCGCGGAGUCGAGCCGCGAGUCGCUGGUGCGUAGGACCGUGUGGCGGGGGCAGGCGCGGCCCCGCGGUGACAGCCCGUCGAGCACCAUGCUGCCCACCCGGUUGUGCAUCAUGAGAAAGCUUCCUUCUGUUCUGGCUAGGACACUCACUUCUGGGACCCGUGCCUCCCCAGGGCUUCCUGACAUGUUUGAAGGACAGUCACCCAUUCAUGUGAAAAAUGUGCGGAGCAGAUUGAGGGAUAUAGUGGGAGCAUCUACCAACUGGAGGGAUCAUGUGCAAGCAAUGCAAGAAAGAAAAGCUCUUCAUACUUUACUGGCAAAACAGCAGGAAGAUCUCCCUCCUAGGAGAAUGAAGGAUAGCUACUUGGAAGUUAUUCUACCUCUAGGAAGUCAGCCUGAAAUAAGAGAAAAGUACCUGAAUGUACACAACAGCGUAAGGUUUGGAAGGAUACUUGAAGAUCUUGACAGUUUAGGAGUUCUUAUUUGCUACACUCACACCAAGCAGGAAAUGCAGCAAAGGUCUCCUUUAUCCAUAGUUACAGCUCUGGUGGAUAAAAUCAAUUUGUGCCAGAAGAUUAUACAUCCAGAUUGUGACAUCAAAUUCACAGGCAAUGUUUCUUGGGUUGGGAAGACCUCCAUGGAAGUGAAGAUGCACAUGCUUCAGCUUCAUGAUGGUAAUUACCACCCUGUGUUAGAUGCCACCUUUGUCAUGGUGGCCCGGGACCCAGAGAAUAAACGGCCAGCAUUUGUUAAUCCACUCAUUCCUGAGAGCCCUGAGGAGGAAGAAGUCUUCAAGCAAGGGGAAUUGAACAAGUUGAAGAGGAUUGAAUUCAGCACUGCUUCCUUACUGAAAAUGGCUCCCACUGCAGAAGAAAGAAACAUUGUGCAUGACAUAUUCCUUAAUACACUGGACACAAGGACAGUGAGUUUCCGAAGUCGUAAAUUACCACCCAAUUCAGUGUGGAUGGAAGAUGCAAAGCUAAAAGGCCUGGAUAUUUGCCAUCCUGAGGAACGGAACAUCUUCAAUAGGAUCUUUGGGGGUUUUCUCAUGAGAAAGGCAUAUGAACUGGGAUGGGCAACUGCUUGCAGCUAUGGGGGUUCCAGACCCUUUAUUGUAUCUGUUGAUGAUAUCAUGUUUCAGAAGCCAGUUGAAGUUGGAUCCUUACUGCUGCUUUCUGGACAGGUCUGUUACACAGAAAAAAAUUACAUCCAGGUUCGAGUACACAGUGAAGUUUACAAUGCAAAUACCAGAGAGCACCAUACUACCAAUACUUUCCAUUUUACAUUUAUAUCAGAAAAUGAGGUCCCACAAGUUGUACCUAAGACAUAUGGAGAGUCCAUGUUGUAUUUAGAUGGGAAGCGACACUUUACUGCAGUCAUGAAAGAAAUCUGACAGGCACUGGGUGCUGCAGCAGCAGUGCAGCAGCAUGCUGUCUUGGCAAGAGCUGUCACCAGAGGUGGCUAAUGGGCAGGUGCUUGUAAUACUCAAAGAAAAACCCAACAACUACCCAAAACCAAACCAACCAAACCCAAACUCCACACCAAAACCUGCCUUUUCAGAACUUUUCAUGUAUAUGCAUAUAUUUGGAUUUUUUUUUUCUUUACUACUGGAAUUUGUUGAAAUCUUUUACAUGCCAAUGCUAGGAAAAGAGGCUGAAAAAAAUGCAGUCUUAGGCUUUGGAUAGACGCUCUUUUUUACUUUGAGAGAUCUCAUUAUAACCUUUGCUGUCUUGUCACCAUCUGCUGCCUUUCCCUUAGCAGCUCUGCUUUGUAUUUCCCUGAUAAGGGAUAGAAGUUCUGUCAGAAAAAGAUGUGCAAUAAGUAGAUUUACAUGGGUGAAGCAGUUUGACCUGGAUUCUUGUGUAAAUUAGGUUAAGGGUCAUAAUUCUUUUUUGAACAAGGAUGCAUGCAUCUAAGCAGCAGCAGAGGCUCAGAAGUUACUAGUGUGUGCACAGUGGAAAGGUGUUUCCCAUCACUGGAGAUUUUACAAGGUUAUUGCAGCUUCUGUUUGGAUGGUUUCUUGUUCCCUUGGGAGGAAACUGUUUUUUGCAAUGAAGUGAGGUGGCUAUAUGGUAUUUUCUAGCACUCUGUUUGUUUCCUUGCCAGCAUCUCCUAAUUUUUUGUUUCUUUGUUUUAAUAUACAGCUGUGAGUUCCUUAGUGAAUUAUUUCUCACGAGUUGGAGACUAGAGGUCUGAUUAGUGAGACUGGGACUGGGAAAUUGUGUUGUAGAACAGAACAUUUUGGUUUAUUAAGGACUGGGAACAAAAAAAGGUAAAAUGCAUUACCCAGAUGGUAAUGGUGAUGUUUGGUGCUGCAGUUAGGGGUCCUGAGAAUGUGUUGAGCAAAUCCCAGGUCAGCUGCUGAAUGAUGGGAGGAUCUUUAUCCCACUGAGGGGUGGUACAGCUAGAGGACUGUCUCCUCCUCUGCUGGAUUAUUUAUCUCUUCCCUUGGUGGGCUGUAGUGCAGUAUGAGUUUGCACAGCUCUAAAGGUUAUCAAGCUUACCUGUGAAGGACAGAGGACUUCCCCAGCACAGAGGGGACAACAUGGUGAUCAUACUAUGGCCAAUAAAUAACAGGAACAGAGUACUUAAUAUUGAAGUGCUUGCGAUGUAAUGGAGAAACUUUUAAUAAUCUCCAGUUUCUGGCACAUAAAACUCAAUUUCUUGAAAUCAGGAAGCUGAGUGGAUGGGAGGCAUCAGUUUUCAUCUGUGGGAAUGUCACAAGCAUGAAACUGGAUCUCUGGUUCCUUCACAUCAAGAUUGAUAUCUUAACUGAUCAGGACACCCAAGAGGAAUUGGGCUCAGGGGUUAAAUGGAUAAAAUGUGAUGACUUUCAAUACACAAGAACAGAUUCUGGCUUCCCUGUGCUGUUUAAAAUCUUUUGAAAAGAGGAUGCAGCAAAUAGGAAUAAUGUCAAUCAGCACAGAUGCAUGAAGCACGUUGAUAAAGCAGCAUGUUGCUUUUAUUUCUGAGUAAGAAAGCCUGAGACAGUCACAAUUUGGAGCAGUUUCCUUUGGUGCUAGGUUGGUAUGAAGUUCAUGACCCCUAGCAGCUCUUGUAAUUGAGCAUUGUAAUAAUCAGCAUGUUAGACAUCAGCCUUUCCUUCUUAAGAUUCAGCUGCCGUAUUGGAUGAGUUAGAUGGGGGAGGCACAGGGGUGUGGCCUGAUCCAGAACAGCUUCAUGCAUUGCCCUGAUGCUAAGCUCUUGGUUCCUUCCACAGAGUUUCUCUCUUCAGCCACACUCCAGUGCUGACUGAGCUCUGACAUUAAAAUCUUUUUCUUUAAUUGUUAUGAUGCUGUGGAGAUAAAUCAUAUUUUCUAGGUUUUUCCUUUCUAAAACUGACUCUAUUAGACUGACCACACCAAGAACUGAAAUUGUAUCUCAAUCCCCAUUGUUGCAGGGAUCAAUCCCUUGUUGCAGGGCUCAGUGUAGACUGUUUUUUAACAGUCUAUGUAGUCUAUAAUAAAGAAGGCAGGAAAUGAAAGGACCUUUUUCAGAACUGUGUUUUACUCCUGAGUACCUGCAGGUUUUUAUCACUGACCCAGUGAUCGUACCUGAAUCACUUUUUUAUAACACAUGUAAGUUAAGGGGAUACCUAAUUAAUCCUCUACUGACUUUUCAGCUGUAUUUAAAAUGUAUCAUAAUUCUAAAUUCAGCCUUUGGGAAAGGGUUGGAGAGGAGAAGAAGAUGUAACAGAAUAUAGAGGACGGUGUGACAUCAGAACCUGUGGACACAAUGAAGAAAAUGAAUGCCACAAAUGAAGAUGCAUAGAAGAAUUGAUGUGUUCUCCAUGUUCAUGAUAACUUAAUCACAUACGACAAUGACAGUACUUACAGAAUGUAUGUACAGCCAUACAGAAUGUGUGUGUGUGUAUAUACACGUAAGCAAAAGAUACAUGCUUUUCUGUUUAUUGCUGUAUGUAUGUAUUUUUUAUUCCAAGAUGGUAACUCCAAGCUGUCACCCUCUCUGGUAUCUUUAUUCAAGGGUAUGCAUGCUGCUUUGUGCCUUUGUGUGUGUGUGAGAAAAAUACUCUCAGAUCUCACAUUUAGAAUUAAAAUAUUUCAAAGUAA